AUGAAGAACCAAUUUUGCUCCAAGACCUUUUUUCUCAUUUUCCUUCUUGUGGUCACCCAGUGGUUGACCACAGAGGCCAAAACUUGUAAUCCCAGUGGGAAAAUAAGAGGGAAAAAGCCUCCUCCAGGACAAUGCAACCAAGAAAAUGACUCUGAUUGCUGCAAGCAAGGCAAAUCUUAUACUACCUACGAGUGCUCACCAAGAGUGUCAGGCAAAACCAAGGCAGUUUUGACAAUCAACAGCUUUGAGAAGGGUGGAGAUGGCGGUGGCCCCUCAGAAUGCGACAACCAAUACCACUCAGAUGAUACUCCGGUGGUGGCAUUAUCCACUGGCUGGUUCAACAAUAUGCAGAGAUGUCUUCAAAACAUAACCAUAUAUGGUAAUGGGAGAAGUGUGAGUGCAAUGGUUGUGGAUGAGUGUGAUUCAACAGCAGGGUGUGAUGCUGCUCAUGAUUAUCAGCCUCCAUGUCCUAAUAACAUUGUUGAUGCUUCUAAAGCUGUUUGGAAGGCAUUAGGAGUCUCCAAAGGUGAUUGGGGUCAAUUGGAUAUUUACUGGUCUCAAGCCUGAUUUCCUUUGUUGUAAUACGGUUAUUGAUUAUUGUGAUUUGAGGCUAUAUUAUGUAUUGUUUAUUUAUUGUUCUUUUUUAUGUUUGAAUUAAUGAAAGUGCAUCUUACGUGUUAUCUAUAUUGAAACAGAAAAGUUUAAACUUACAUUGCAAGCUCACUCAGUUUGUUGCUUUAUGAGCUUAGUCUUGAUGCCAUAAUUAAACUUGUCCGAAGGCUUUAGCUUUUAAUCUAAUUAUCAAUAUUGCAUUAUUCUAACUUGAACGGUUAUUGUUUAUUGAAUUUUUUGGAAACCCGUUAUCAUAAGUGUUAUGCUAAAGAAAGUAUGUUAGAAAGCAAAUGAGAGAAGAUUUUUUGCAUGGUU